AUGCCGGAGGAAGAAGAAAUUGAGGCGCCCGUCACUCACCGGCUCGAGCCGCAGAUCUCGUCCACGCACCGGACCGUUUCGUCAGACCAUGCGCUGCGGGAGCACAUCCUGUCGCAGUCCAAACUCUGGGAAUGGGACGUUUUCAAACUGGAAGAAGUCAGCGGUCGCAAGCCGCUUAUGCAUCUAGCAUACUACUUGAUCCAAAGGAAAAACUUUUUCCAGAUCUUUCAGAUACCGUCUGGAACACUCAAAAACUUUUUGAUUGCGAUCGAGGCCGGCUACCAGAUGGAUGUUCCGUACCACAAUUCCACACACGCCACAGAUGUGCUGCAGGCUGUAUCUUACUUUCUGGAGAAGGAGAAGAUGCAAGGACAAAUCACCGAUCUGGAAAUUCUGGCCAGCUAUAUCGCAGCUGCGGUUCACGACCACAAGCACCCAGGUGUCAACAACCAGUUUUUGGUGGCGACACGAAACGAGCGAGCGAUGCUCUACAACGACCGGUCUGUCCUGGAAAACUACCACGUCUCGACAGCAUGGCAGGUUAUGAUGCAGCCAGAGAACAAUUUCUUGGUGAAUCUACCAGAGGAAGACUACCGACUGUUGCGAAACCAGGUCAUCAGCAUGGUGCUCGCGACUGAUCUUGCGGGCCAUUUUUCGACGCUGUCGGCAUUCAACAACAAGGUACUCGGCACCAAUACUUUUGACAUCAACCAAUCCCCAGAAGAUCGGGCAAUUUUCUUUCGGAUACUGAUCAAGUGCGCGGAUGUGUCAAAUCCAGCACGGUCGUGGUUGGUAUAUACGUCGUGGAUCGAGAGGCUGAUCCAAGAGUUUCUGAACCAAGGCGACGAGGAAAGGAAGCGAGGGCUGCCGGUGAGCCCACUCAUGGACCGAAGCAGCAUCAACAUCCCGGCAGGCCAAAUCGGAUUCAUCGAUGUCGUUUGUGCGCCAAUGUACGAAAGCUUCACGAUGGUCGUGGGGGCGCCCGAGAUGGUGACGAGCAUGAAAAAGAACCGCGCGAUCCUCAUGAGAAUGAGAGACAACGAAAUCCCGCCGCUGCGGCUUGGAGAAAACGGCCGGGUCAUACAGCGGGUUCGCUCAACAAUUCGGAUCGCUGGAUCAACAACGCCGCCUGUCCAGCCCACUUCGUCGUCGCUACUCCAAGUCAGCGCCAUAAGUGUGCUGGCACGGCCGGCCGAAGACUCAGCAUCGAAAGGGUCAACAGAAUGAGGAUGCUCGGAUAGCGGCAAUGCCAGGCUGUAACAAUCUAGAAGAGCUAUGCAUUGGAGUAUGCACCAUGUCGAUCGUCAGCUUCGCACGAACCUCGAAAAAUAAAGAAUACAAAAGUGAAAAAUCUG